UCAGAAAUCGGUCGUUUUUAUUCCAUUAAGUUAAUGGUAAGUGACUUAUUUAAUAAAGCAUGUCUGUAAAUUUAAUAGCAUGUAUAGCUGUUCAUUUGUCAAUCGUUUUGCCUGUAUGAAGCAUCUCAGACUUUUACUAAAGGAUAGGGUUACCGUCGUUUUAAAUCAUUCUUCCCGAAGCCGCUUAUCACCAGCCACUACGUUAGGUUAGGUGGGUGCCGCAGCAAGAGCCUUUCAUCUCUGGGCGAGGAGCUGUUGAGAACCGUGAGGGAACUAUAAGCCUUGGCGGGGUUUUUUUGCGCUGAAAGCGACCAGACAGAAGAUCCACUCCAUCCCUACAGAGAAACGAUUGUCCGAAAGCACAGAGCGAGUUGGUAGUUAUGCGGACCGCUCACGUCGCGUUCCUGAUCCCAGGCUGGGAACUCUAACCACGGCUGCCUACCCUUGCCCACGUGUGCAUCGGGGAGUUGUAAAGUGUGUUGGGCGAGUAAAGGUGGGAAGUCCAGCCUUGAUCCUAGGAGCAGUGUUCCCGGGGCCGGAGGCCGAGGUUGCGCUCGAGAAGGGCACCCUCGGCUCCGUGGGAGCGCCGCGGGCCCCGGGUCCUUGCCUUCAGCAUCUGCACCGCGCUCCCCUUCCUCCGAAGUUGCGGAGGUGCCGGGAAGAGGAGGGGCUUCGCCUCGGGCGCCCGAGUGAUUGGCUGCCCGGGGCCCCUGGCGAGGGCUGUGUGGUCCAGCCCGGGCGAAGAGGGGCGGAGCGGCCACCGCUCCUACCACUGCUACCACCGCCACCACUGCCACAGUCGCAGCCGCUGCAACCUCGGCCGCCGGGCAAGUAUCUCCGAGCGGCGGCUUCCUGGAUCCCCGACGCGGACCGGAACGCCGCACUCCGCUCGCCCCGCGCCCGAGCCAUGCCGGGCAGCCGCGCAUAAUCGCUGCGCCCGGGCCGCUUUCGCUCCGACCCUGUGCGCGUUCCUCUCCCGAGGAGAGCUUCCCGUGUACGCAGCUCCUUCGUUCUCCGCCGGCCCCGACGACCAUGCCACGGGCGACUGCGCUUGGGGCCCUCGUGCCCCUGCUGCCUAUCCUGCUGCUACCGCUCUCGGACGCCGCCUUGGACUACUCGGCGCUGGAAGGCGAGGAGGGCGCGGAGCAGCAGCUGGAGCAUUACCACGACCCGUGCAAAGCCGCUGUCUUUUGGGGAGACAUUGCCUUAGAUGAGGAGGACCUGAAGUUAUUUCACAUCUAUAAGGCCAGAGACUGGAUCAAGCAGUCAGGGGAAGAAAAGAGACAUGGCACAGGUGGGCUUGAAGAGCAGCCGUUUGAGAGCUGGCUGAACACUACAGCCGCAAAUACCAGCAGCGAGGAAGCUAGAAAGGAUGGUGAGAAGAAUGCCAUGCUUCCACAGAGCUCUGGGACCUCAAGUUCUGAGACCUUCUCUCCCCGGGUCCGAAGAGCCACCACCUCAAGGACAGAGAGGAUAUGGCCUGGAGGGGUCAUCCCCUAUGUCAUUGGAGGGAACUUCACCGGAAGCCAGAGGGCCAUUUUUAAGCAGGCCAUGAGACACUGGGAGAAGCACACCUGUGUGACCUUCGUAGAGAGGACUGACGAAGAAAGCUUUAUUGUGUUCAGUUACAGAACCUGUGGCUGUUGUUCCUAUGUCGGGCGCCGAGGAGGAGGUCCACAGGCCAUAUCCAUUGGGAAAAACUGUGACAAGUUUGGCAUUGUGGCCCAUGAACUGGGCCAUGUGGUUGGGUUCUGGCAUGAACACACCCGGCCAGACAGAGACCAGCAUGUCACUAUCAUCAGAGAAAACAUCCAGCCAGGUCAGGAGUAUAAUUUCUUAAAAAUGGAAGCUGGGGAAGUGAGCUCUCUGGGAGAGACGUACGACUUUGACAGCAUCAUGCACUACGCCCGGAACACCUUCUCAAGAGGAGUUUUCUUAGACACCAUCCUUCCCCGUCGAGACGACAAUGGCAUCAGGCCAACCAUUGGCCAGCGUGUGCGACUCAGUCAGGGAGACAUAGCUCAAGCCAGGAAGCUGUACAAAUGUCCAGCAUGUGGGGAGACCCUGCAGGACACAACAGGAAACUUUUCGGCACCUGGUUUCCCAAAUGGCUAUCCUUCUUAUUCCCACUGCGUCUGGAGGAUAUCGGUCACUCCAGGGGAAAAGAUCAUCUUAAACUUCACAUCCAUGGAUUUGUUUAAAAGCCGCCUGUGCUGGUAUGACUACGUGGAGGUCCGGGACGGGUACUGGCGAAAAGCCCCCCUGUUGGGUAGGUUUUGUGGCGACCAAGUCCCAGAGCCCCUCACCUCCAGAGACAGCCGGCUCUGGGUGGAGUUCCGGAGCAGCAGCAACAUCCUGGGCAAGGGCUUCUUCGCGGAGUAUGAAGCUACGUGUGGGGGAGACAUUAACAAAGACACCGGGCAGAUCCAAUCUCCCAACUACCCAGAUGACUACAGACCUUCCAAGGAAUGUGUUUGGAGAAUUAUGGUUUCGGAGGGGUUUCACGUGGGGCUUUCCUUCCAAGCUUUUGAGAUCGAGAGGCAUGAUAGCUGUGCAUAUGACUACCUGGAAAUCCGAGAUGGCCCCACAGAAGAAAGCACCCUGAUUGGUCACUUUUGUGGCUAUGAGAAGCCGGAGGAUGUGAAAUCCAGCUCCAACAGAAUGUGGAUGAAGUUUGUGUCCGAUGGCUCAAUCAAUAAAGCGGGCUUUGCAGCCAAUUUUUUCAAGGAGGUCGAUGAGUGCUCCUGGCCUGAUGGUGGCGGGUGUGAGCAGCGCUGCGAAAACACUCUGGGCAGCUACAGGUGUGUGUGCGACCCUGGCUACGAGCUGGCCGCCGAUAAGAAGACGUGUGAAGUGGCCUGUGGUGGUUUCAUUACCAAACUGAACGGAACCAUCACCAGCCCUGGGUGGCCGAAGGAGUACCCUACAAACAAACACUGCGUCUGGCAGGUGGUGGCCCCUGCUCAGUACCGAAUCUCCCUCCAGUUCGAAGUGUUUGAACUGGAAGGCAACGAUGUCUGUAAGUACGACUUCGUGGAGGUGCGCAGCGGCCUGUCCCCUGAUGCCAGGCUGCAUGGCAAGUUCUGUGGCUCCGAGACGCCCGAGGUCAUCACCUCACAGAGCAACAACAUGCGUGUGGAAUUCAAGUCAGACAACACAGUCUCCAAACGUGGCUUCAGGGCCCACUUCUUCUCAGACAAGGACGAGUGUGCCAAGGACAACGGCGGGUGCCAGCAUGAGUGCGUCAACACGUUCGGCAGCUACCUGUGCAGGUGCAGGAACGGCUAUCGGCUCCAUGAGAAUGGGCUCGACUGUAAAGAAGCCGGCUGUGUGCACAAGAUCAGCAGUGCGGAGGGGACCCUGGCGAGCCCCAACUGGCCUGACAAAUACCCCAGUCGGAGGGAGUGUACCUGGAACAUCUCUACAACUGCGGGCCACAGGGUCAAACUCAUGUUUAAUGAGUUUGAGAUUGAGCAGCACCAGGAAUGUGCCUAUGACCACCUGGAACUGUAUGACGGGCCCAACAGCCUGGCCCCGAUCCUUGGCCGUUUCUGUGGCAGCAAGAAACCAGCCCCCGUGGUGGCUUCGGGCAGCAGCCUGUUUCUCAGGUUUUACUCGGAUGCCUCAGUGCAGAGGAGAGGCUUCCAGGCAGCACACAGCACAGAGUGUGGGGGCAGGCUGAAGGCCGAAGUACAGACCAAAGAGCUCUAUUCCCAUGCCCAGUUUGGGGACAACAACUACCCGAGCCAGGCCCGCUGUGGCUGGGUAAUCAUGGCAGAGGAUGGCUAUGGCGUGGAGCUGAUAUUCCGGACCUUUGAAGUCGAGGAGGAAGCCGACUGUGGCUAUGACUACAUGGAGGCCUAUGAUGGCUAUGACAGCACGGCACCCAGGCUCGGCCGCUUCUGUGGCUCUGGGCCAUUGGAAGAAAUCUACUCUGCAGGGGAUUCUCUAAUGAUUCAAUUCCACACAGACGACACCAUCAACAAGAAAGGUUUUCAUGCCCAAUAUACCAGCACCAAGUUCCAGGAUGCCCUUCAUAUGAGGAAAUAAUGUUACUGUCACUGUUCUUGAAAGACAAGAAUCGAGAAUGUUUAUAAUGAUAGCACCUUGUGAAGCUACCCUAAAACAAUGUACAGUGUUUUUCUCAAACAAAAACUCAAAAUCUAGUUUUGGAGGCAUGUAUUUGAUGAAGUUUGGUCAACAAGGAGGGGAGAUGAUGUUCCUUGGAUUCUGGCUGCAUUGUUACAAAUUGUGGACUUUGAAGAUUAAAGCUUGGAGUCACUGACCAUUUAAGCUAUGCCUGUUCAAACCCACCCUCCUUGUCCCUUGCUCCUGUAGGACACAAGGCCGGAGCUUGGGUUGGUCAUUUCCCUAUUUCUAGACAUGCUUCUGUAGGUGUCAGACGAUGUGACUGUGUCCUGGAGACUCAGGCUGUCUUCCAUCUGCAUUGGGCAGUGAGGAUAAAAGGUUGGCUGUGGCUGGUCUGUUCCUCAGAGCUUUGGCUGGAAGCAUUUGCCUUCUCUUGACCAGGCACAUAUCAAACAGGAAACCUGAGAAUGUGGACGUCAGGACUAAACAAGGCACCCCAGUAAGCAAAGCCUGAAGCUCGAGUAUAGGCAUCACUGUCACGAAGCUAGGAGGCCUCAAGCCUUUCCCCUGUGUCAUUGGCUUUUCUUGCCCAUAUUGGAUUGGCCCAUUUCUAAUUGCAUCAGGGGGCUAAGGCAUCGACUAUGAAUUCCAGCAAAACCUUUCUUUGCUGGUGAGAGUCCCCAUUUUGCAGGGAAGAAAAUAUCCUGGCUCCUCCUGAUAGUCCUUCACCACUGACUUUGAGAAGACUCCACCAGGGCUUGGGAGUUCAUGGGCUUAGAAGAACAUUUGCUCCUCCAGCUUUGGAGGUGCUUGCUGGGGUUGACCUUGACUCCUUGACAACCAAAUCAAACUGUGUUUGCAAGACGUGCAAAGUCAUCUUACAAGGGACCUAUUCAGGUCCCUUGCAGGGUGAACAGUGUUGAAAACUGGUUAAUUAUAAGGUAUGUAAGAAUCAUCAUCUUGUAGAACAGUCAACCUGUGACUACCUUCUCAUCAUCAUUCAGGUAAAGAGUGGUGACUUUGCUCAGACUAACUAGUAAUCAGUCACCACCUUGCAAUCAGAAUCACCACACUUGGCACUUGUUCUAGAGAAGUGUAGAGGAUAUUGUUUACAUAAUUUUAGAGCCUCCAGGUAUACUUUAAAUAGUGGGGUAGUUGUGAAUGGCAUUUCAUUAAGGCAUC